CGUUAGGAUGAGCCCUCUCCUUCCAGCGCUUUAACUGAUGAAGGUGCUUUGUGUUUGGCGCCCCUGAGGAGGAUGCUGUCUUAGGCCUCUUCCCACUGGCCGUGUGGUGGGCAGAGAUCCCCCUUGGUCCGUCGCACUUCCACCCCGCUGGGGCUCACUCCGGCCUCGGAGCUAGGAGGGAGACAUCCUCGAUGGACUCCCUCUACGGAGAUCUCUUUUGGUACCUGGACUAUAAUGAGGAUGGGGCCUUGGACAUUUCUGAGCUUCAGGAAGGCCUGGAGGAUAUAGGGGUCAUUCAGUCUCUAGAGGAAGCGAAGAAAAUUUUUACUACUGGAGAUGUCAACAAAGAUGGGAAGCUGGAUUUUGAAGAAUUUAUGAAGUACCUUAAAGACCAUGAGAAGAAAAUGAAGUUGGCAUUUAAGAGUUUAGACAAAAAUAAUGAUGGAAAAAUUGAGGCUUCAGAAAUUGUCCAGUCUCUCCAGACACUGGGUCUGACUAUUUCUGAACAACAAGCAGAGUUGAUUCUUCAAAGCAUUGAUGCUGAUGGGACAAUGACCGUGGACUGGAAUGAAUGGAGAGACUACUUCUUAUUUAAUCCUGUUACAGACAUUGAGGAAAUUAUCCGUUUCUGGAAACAUUCUACAGGAAUUGACAUAGGGGAUAGCUUAACUAUUCCAGAUGAAUUCACGGAAGAUGAAAAAAAAUCCGGACAAUGGUGGAGGCAGCUUUUGGCAGGAGGCAUUGCUGGUGCUGUCUCUCGAACAAGCACUGCCCCUUUGGACCGUCUGAAAAUCAUGAUGCAGGUUCAUGGUUCAAAAUCAGACAAAAUGAACAUAUUUGGUGGCUUUCGACAGAUGGUAAAAGAGGGAGGGAUCCGCUCCCUUUGGAGGGGAAAUGGUACAAACGUCAUCAAAAUUGCUCCUGAGACAGCUGUUAAGUUCUGGGCAUAUGAACAGUACAAGAAGUUACUUACUGAAGAAGGACAAAAAAUUGGAACAUUUGAGAGAUUUAUUUCUGGUUCCAUGGCUGGAGCAACUGCACAGACUUUUAUAUAUCCAAUGGAGGUUAUGAAAACCAGGCUGGCUGUAGGCAAAACUGGGCAAUACUCCGGAAUAUAUGAUUGUGCCAAGAAGAUUUUGAAACAUGAAGGCUUGGGAGCUUUUUACAAAGGUUAUGUUCCCAAUUUAUUAGGUAUCAUACCUUAUGCAGGCAUAGAUCUUGCUGUGUAUGAGCUCUUGAAGUCCUAUUGGCUGGAUAAUUUUGCAAAAGACUCUGUGAACCCUGGAGUCAUGGUGUUGCUGGGAUGCGGUGCCUUAUCCAGCACCUGUGGUCAGCUGGCCAGCUACCCAUUGGCUUUGGUGAGAACUCGCAUGCAGGCUCAAGCCAUGUUAGAAGGCUCCCCACAGCUGAACAUGGUUGGCCUCUUUCGACGAAUCAUUUCCAAAGAAGGAAUUCCAGGACUUUACAGAGGCAUCACCCCAAACUUCAUGAAGGUGCUACCUGCUGUAGGCAUCAGUUAUGUGGUUUAUGAAAAUAUGAAGCAAACUUUAGGAGUAACCCAGAAAUGAUGUUGCAUUUUUUGCUUUAGCGUGAUAAUUGAAACUUUCAACAAUCCUUGGAGUGACUUUUUCUCCUCGAAUUGAAACAAGUCUAUGGCAAAAGAAGCUGCAUUUUUUUCACAAAAGGGAAGACGAUAACAAUGGUCACUUCAAACUUUUGGGCUCAAUUAUAUGUACACAGAAAUGUUAAAAAUCAUAGUUUUAAUGUGUUUUGAAAAGGCCACACAAUUAUACUUUGUCUUUUCUUAAUAAUCCUGCAAAUCUCUGCCCUGAAUCCGAAAUCUGAAAAUGUACUUGCUUGAACAAAAUUUGUUUUGUGUGGUAGAGUUAUAAAUCAUUAAUCUUUAUUUUGGGUGGUUCAUGUUUAUGCCAGUUCCUUUAUACUUAAAUGUCUUGUUUUAUAUAUUUUGAAUGUCUUUAUGGAUUUCUUUAAAUUUCCUUGUAAAAGAACCAUUAAUAGAAAAUCAUUACAUUUAAAAUAUACCUUACAGCAAAAGCAUCCAAAGAAGUGUAGGGUUUAUGUCCUUAUUUUUCUCUCAGCUGAAUAGGAGUGAACACAGUGGUAGAAUUUCUAAAGAGAAGUGAUGAAAUUAUAUUUAUUUCAGUGGGCACUUUUCCAUUUUAUAUGUACCGUUAUUUGGUUCCUGGAGUUAUACACUAAUUUUCAGUGUAUUACUGUUAAAUUAUCAACACAAGACAACUUAUUUGAAAGAUUUUGUUUAUUCUACCAUUGCUUAAUCCUUUGACUUAUAUCAGCUUCUGAAGAGCAUCUUUGUUUUCCUUUGUCCUUUGUUUCCUACAUUUUGAAUCAGAUUCCAUUUUAGUCAGGAAGACUUCUUGGGACCGAUCUUAGUAACCUGAAAUUUCUUUUUUAAUUGCAUGAAGUGGGUUGAUCGUGAGCAAAUGACGUGCUUAUUUCUCCCUCAUUGUUGAAUAUCUUUGAACUUGCUGUUCUCAAUUUGGGCAGCACAAAGGUGAGAGAUACAUAUUAAUAGUAGUAUGUAUUACUCUUAUACAUUAGAUACCUAUUUUUAAAUGAAAGGCCCAAUUUGUAAACAUAUGCAUUCAUAUUUUCUCUUGCCCCAAGUUUUAGGAACAUGUUAUGAUAUAGGAGACUUAAUUUAUAAUAAUGAGAGCAUUUUUUUUAAAUUUUACUAAAACCAUUUUUGUAGUCAACUCUCUUUUCUUAUUUGUGUGAUUGGAACAUAGAAAAAUAUUUGCUAGUUGAAGUUAUUAUCAGUUUUUAAUUUAGUUCUUAAACUCAUUUGACUUCUAAUAAUUUCUGUUAUAAAUUGCCAGCAUUUUAAUGAAAAUCUAAUGAUGUAAUAGGCAUUUUCUUUAUUUAAACCUACCUCUUUUAUUUUCUGAACCAAAGAGAAAGAUGGACUGGUGUUUGUGAAACAUUUUUUAAAAUGUAAUUUCAUUUAUAUUAGUUAUGUUUGAUAAAUAUCUUAGUAUUUUUAUAAUAUGAUAAGCCUGGGAUUCUAUUUUAAGGGUUAUUUGUACUUUUGAGUAAUAUAUAAAGUGACAAUAUUAAGGUACAUGAUCAGCUCUUUCUAAUUUUACUCAUAAAAAUUAUGGAAAUGAAUAAUUUUGCUAACUUUUGAAAUUUCAAACUUGUGGAAGAUAUGAAAAUAUUCAUGGUUCAUUAUGAAUUUAAAUUGUUCCCUAUUUAACAUUUGUAAGGUAUGAAUGUGAUUUGUCUGUACAUCUUGUAUCUUUUCCAAAAAAUAAUUCUGUAUCUUUUGGAUAAAAGCCAAGAGUUGAAGAUAGUAUAUUUCUGGCAGUACUGAAUAUUUACUUACAGUUUCUAUCAAAAAUAUAUAUUUGUUUCUAAAAUUA